AUGCCCGUGGCGCUGGGGCUGCUGCUGCUGCUGCUGGUGCUGAGCCCGGUGGGCACCCUGCAGCCGGGGCUCGAGCCCCCCAACCUUGAUGCCACCGAGGCAGGGGCCGUCCUCUUCGCUGAUGCCUACAACAGCACGGCCGAGAUCGUCCUCUUCAAGAGCGUCUCGGCCAGCUGGGAUUACUACACCAACCUGACGGCCACCAACGGUGCCCUGCAGGUCGAGGCAUCGCUGGAGGAGCAAAACUUCACAGAGGCAUGGGGCAAGAAAGCCAAGGAGCUCUACGGCAGCAUCUGGAGCAACUUCAGUGACCCGCAGCUGAAGAAAAUCAUUGGCUCCAUCCAGACCCUGGGGCCCUCCAACCUGCCCCUGGACAAGCGACAGCAGUACAACACCAUCCUGAGCGACAUGGACAAAAUCUACUCCACGGCCAAGGUGUGCCCGGCCAACGAUACCUGCUGGGAGCUGGAGCCAGACCUCUCGGACAUCAUGGCCACCUCCCGCAGCUACAAGAAGCUCCUGUAUGCCUGGGAGGGCUGGCACAACGCCGCAGGAAACCCACUGCGUACCAAGUACGAGGAGUUUGUGCAGCUGAGCAAUGAGGCGUACCAGAUGGACGGCUUUGAGGACACAGGCAGCUACUGGCGCUCCUGGUAUGACUCAGCCUCCUUCGAGGAAGACCUGGAGCAUCUCUACAACCAGCUGGAGCCACUCUACCUCAACCUGCAUGCCUUUGUCCGGAGGAAGCUGUACGACCGCUACGGCCCCAAAUACAUCAACCUGAAGGGCCCCAUCCCUGCCCACCUCCUGGGCAACAUGUGGGCUCAGCAGUGGAACAACAUCUAUGACCUGAUGGUCCCCUACCCCGAGAAGCCCAACCUCGAUGUGACGAGCACCAUGGUGAAGCAGGGCUGGAACGCCACCCACAUGUUCCGGGUCUCGGAGGAGUUCUUCACAUCCCUGGGGUUGCUGGAGAUGCCCCCAGAGUUUUGGGACAAGUCCAUGCUGGAGAAGCCAACAGAUGGGCGGGAGGUGGUGUGUCAUGCCUCGGCCUGGGACUUCUACAACCGCAAGGACUUCAGGAUCAAGCAGUGCACAGCGGUGACCAUGGAGCAGCUGUUCACGGUGCACCACGAGAUGGGCCACGUGCAGUACUACCUGCAGUACAAGGACCAGCCCGUCUCCUUCCGCAGCGGGGCCAACCCUGGCUUCCACGAGGCCAUUGGCGAUGUCAUGUCCCUGUCUGUCUCCACCCCCAGCCACCUCCAGAAAAUCGGGCUCCUCAGCAGUGCCACCGAGGAUGCAGAGAGCAACAUCAACUACCUGCUGAAGAUGGCCUUGGAGAAGAUUGCCUUCCUGCCCUUUGGCUACCUCAUCGACCAGUGGCGCUGGAACGUGUUCAAUGGCCACACGCCCCCCAGUCGUUACAACUACGACUGGUGGUAUCUGAGAACUAAAUACCAGGGUAUUUGUGCUCCGAUUUCGAGGAACGAAAGCAACUUUGAUCCUGGUGCAAAGUACCACAUCCCUGGGAACACCCCUUACAUCAGGUACUUUGUGAGCUUCAUCCUCCAGUUCCAGUUUCACAAGGCGCUGUGCCAGGCAGCCCACCACACCGGUCCCCUACACACCUGUGACAUCUAUAUGUCCAAAGAGGCUGGAGCCAAACUCAGGGAGGUGCUGAAAGCUGGGUCUUCCAAGUCAUGGCAGGAAAUCCUGUUCAACCUCACUGGCACGGAUAAGAUGGACGCUGGGGCCCUCCUGGAGUACUUCAGCCCUGUCACCACCUGGCUUGAGGAGCAGAACAACAAGACCAAUGAGGUGCUGGGCUGGCCAGAGUUCGACUGGCGUCCCCCUGUCCCCGAAGGCUACCCCGAAGGCAUUGACAAAAUAGCAGAUGAGGCACAAGCUAAAGAGUUCUUGUCCGAGUACAACAGCACGGCUGAGGAGGUGUGGUAUGCCUACACUGAGGCGUCCUGGGCCUACAACACCAACAUCACCGACCACAACAAAGAGAUCAUGCUGGAGAAGAACUUGGCCAUGUCCAAGCACACCCUUGAGUACGGGAUGAGAGCCAGGCAGUUCGAUGCCUCUGACUUCCAGGACCAAACUGUCACACGCAUCCUCAAGAAGCUGAGCAUCAUUGAGAGGGCAGCCCUGCCUGAGGAUGAGCUGAAGGAGUACAACACCCUUCUCUCAGAUAUGGAGACCACAUACAGCAUAGCCAAGGUCUGCAGGGAGAACAAAACCUGUCACCCCCUGGAUCCUGACCUCACAGACAUCCUGGCCACCUCAAGGGACUACGAUGAGCUCCUCUUUGUCUGGAAGGGCUGGCGGGAUGCUUCUGGGAAGAAAAUGAGGAACAACUACAAGCGAUACGUGGAACUGAGCAACAAGGCAGCUGUGCUCAACGGCUACACAGACAAUGGGGCUUACUGGAGAUCCCUGUAUGAGACAUCCACCUUCGAGGAAGAUCUGGAUAAGUUGUACCUGCAGCUUCAGCCCCUGUACCUCAACCUGCAUGCCUAUGUACGCCGGGCCCUAUACAAAAAGUAUGGAGCUGAGCACAUAAACCUGAAGGGUCCCAUCCCUGCUCACCUGCUAGGCAACAUGUGGGCCCAGUCAUGGUCCAACAUUUUCAACCUGGUUGUGCCCUACCCAGAUGCCACCAAGGUGGAUGCCACCCCAGCCAUGAAAGAACAGGGCUGGACACCCAAGAUGAUGUUUGAAGAGUCGGACCGUUUCUUUACCUCCCUGGGCCUCAUCCCCAUGCCGCAGGAGUUCUGGGACAAGUCCAUGAUCGAGAAGCCGACGGAUGGGCGGGAGGUGGUGUGUCAUGCCUCGGCCUGGGACUUCUACAACCGCAAGGACUUCAGGAUCAAGCAGUGCACUGUGGUGAACAUGGAUGACCUGAUCACGGUGCACCACGAGAUGGGCCACGUCCAGUACUUCCUGCAGUACAUGGACCAGCCCAUCUCAUUCCGCGAUGGAGCCAAUCCUGGCUUCCACGAGGCCAUUGGGGAUGUUAUGGCCUUGUCUGUCUCCACCCCCAAACAUCUGCACAGCAUCAAGCUGCUGGACCAAGUCACAGAAAAUGAAGAAAGUGAUAUUAACUACCUGAUGAGCAUCGCCCUGGACAAAAUCGCCUUCCUGCCCUUCGGGUACCUCAUGGACCAGUGGCGCUGGAAGGUGUUUGACGGGCGGAUCAAGGAGGACGAGUACAACCAGCAGUGGUGGAACCUCAGGCUGAAGUACCAGGGCUUGUGCCCACCAACACCAAGGUCUGAAGAUGACUUCGACCCUGGAGCAAAGUUUCACAUCCCUGCCAAUGUCCCCUACAUCAGGUACUUUGUCAGCUUCGUGAUCCAGUUCCAGUUCCACCAGGCUCUCUGCACCGCAGCCGGGCACACGGGGCCUCUUCACAAGUGUGACAUCUACCAGUCCAAGGAGGCCGGGAAGCUCUUGGGGGAGGCCAUGAAGCUGGGUUUCAGCAAGCCGUGGCCUGAAGCCAUGCAGCUCAUCACAGGGCAGCCCAACAUGUCAGCCGAGGCCCUGAUGAGCUACUUCGAGCCCCUCAUGACGUGGCUGGUGAAGGAGAACGAGAAGAACGGGGAGGUCCUGGGCUGGCCCGAGUACAACUGGACUCCUUACACAGCUGCUCAAAGCCAAGCUGGCUCCGACCGAACCGAUUUCCUGGGCAUGUCCCUGAGCAGCAAACAAGCCGCUGCAGGUGGCUGGGUACUGCUCGCCCUGGCGCUCGUCUUUGUGAUCACCACCAUCUUCUUGGGCGUCAAGUUGUCCUCAGCAAGGAGAAAGGCCUUCAAAUCCAGCUCAGAAAUGGAACUGAAAUAA